AAACGAAGGUCAGGAAGUCGGGGCUCCACCAUUGAGAGAGAGAUCGUAGAAAGACGCGUGCUCGAGAGGAUCCUUCAGGAUGAACCUGAUGACUUGGCACCUGUUAAAUCAGAUCAAAUGUGCCCGACAGCCAGGUCGCCUGAGCUCAGCUCCGGAUGGGAUCCGGCCCUCAAAAGUCCCAGUACAGUUGUUGAAGAAGCUCAGGCAAAAGAAGUUUCACCCCAUCGAUUCCGAUUUGUUGUGCCUAUGGUCGUGUUGGCGGAUAUCAAUGGAAAAAUAUACAGGCUCACCACUCAUUAUACGAUAGCGAGCGAUCGGCCGAAACUCGAUUUCAAACCAUUAACAAUCAAGUUUGAUGAACGAUUACUGUGGGAGAGGUCUAACGAAAUUGCGCAAAAGAUUGAUCUUGAUACUAUUACAAGUUGUUCUACUGGACAAGGAACAUUCACAGAGCACGAUCCCAUAGAGGCAAACACACAAAAGAAUAAAGCAUAA